UAGAGAAGGAUGGGAAGGUGGAGAAAGUUCUCCAUUCCCUGACUCUCCUCGUACGAGAUGACCUUCCUUUCGAUGUAGUGUUAGGAAUGGAUUGGGGAGAGGCAGCGGGGGCCACACUCCAUCUGAGAGAGCAUGAGUGUAGGCUCCCUGGUCCGUCAGGCRAAGUGAAGACUGCUSGYCUGUUCCAUGCGUCCGGUGUAGAUAACACCUUGGCGCAUUGGUGUCUCAGUGCUCCCGCGUUCGCGCGAUUAGUAAGAAAGGAGCAGUUAGAGGAACAKGUCUUUGUGGUGUAUGUUAGACCUGUCAUUGAGGGCCAGAAGAAGGAUAACUCCACAGACCCAACAAUUGCCAAACUGCUGGAGGAGUUCAAAGAUUUGACUGAGUCGCCGACAGGAGUAGUGCCGCGACCCAUCCAGCAUAGGAUAGAGAUAGAGCCUGGCAGUAGAACACCUAAGGGUGCAGUCUACAGGAUGUCCCCUAGAGAGUUAGAGGAGCUUCGCAAGYAGUUAGACGAACUCCUUGAGAAAGGGUGGAUCAGGCCCASUUCGUCUCCUUUUGGAGCACCCRUUUUGUUUGUCCCCAAGAAGGAAGGAGAGCUGAGAAUGUGUAUAGACUAUAGGGGAUUAAAUGCGAUCAUCGUGAAGAAUGCUGAGCCGCUGCCCAGGAUAGACGAUCUUUUAGAUCGGGUGCAGGGUUGUAAGUAUUUCUCUAMGAUAGACUUAAAGUCCGGAUACCAUCAGAUAGAGGUUCAUCCUGAUGAUCAGUACAAGACUGCGUUUCGGACUAGAUAUGGGCAUUAUGAGUUUAUAGUGAUGCCCUUUGGACUAACCAACGCGCCAGCUACUUUUCAGCGUUGUAUGAAUGAYCUGUUUAGACCAUGGUUAGAUAAAUUUGUAGUAGUCUACUUAGAUGAUAUCCUAGUCUUUAGUAAGAYYCUCYAGGAGCACCAGGGUCAUCWRAGGCAGGUCUUGGAGAAGCUUAGAGAGGCUAACUUCAAGAUCAACGCGAAGAAGUGCGAGUGGGCCAAGACGCAAGUCUUAUACUUGGGCCACGUGUUGGACGGAGAUGGCAUUAAGCCAGAGGACAACAAGAUCACGGCGAUCAGAGAUUGGUCGGCGCCCCGCACAUUGAUAGAGUUCCGGUCGUUCCUAGGCUUAGCUAACUACUAUAGGAAGUUCGUAAGAAACUUCUCUACUAUCGCCGCUCCCUUGCGCAGGUUGCUGAAGAAAGAGGCAAUCUGGCAAUGGGACAAAGAAUGUACGUCUGCGCUCAAGAAGCUAACGCACGCGUUAAUAGAAUAUCCUGUCCUCAAAGUUGCAGAUCCGUCUUUGCCAUUUGUCGUCACCACGGACGCGAGUCAGUAUGGGAUAGGCGCCGUGUUGCAGCAAGACGGCGACAAUGGCUAUAGACCCGUAGAGUUCAUGUCAGCGAGGACGCCCUGUGAGAAGGUCGCUACCUCCACGUACGAGAGAGAACUCUACGCUCUCAGGCAGGCUUUAGACCAUUGGAAACACUAUCUGCUUGGGAGGCACUUCAAAGUGUAUUCUGACCAUGAGACACUUUGUUGGCUAAAGACCUAGGCCAAGAUGACACCUAAGUUGACUAGGUGGGCCGCAGAGAUAGACCAAUUCGACUUUGAGCUCAAGCCAGUGAAG